AUGGCCUACGAGGUUCUCUGCAGCAUGGCCUCCUGCGGGCAGGGAGCUGCACGUCCCUACAAGUGCCUGCGGGGCGGGCAGGUCUUCCAGAAGCCCAGCAGCCCGCCGAGCUCCGAGCAGACGCAAGGUGCCAAGCCGUACCCGUGCGAGGUGUGCGGGAAGGCCUACUCCCACCGGGGCACGCUCCAGCAGCACCGGCGCCUGCACACAGGUGAGCGGCCCUACCAGUGCCCCUUCUGCGACAAGGCCUACACCUGGUCCUCCGAUCACCGCAAGCACAUCCGCACCCACACCGGCGAGAAACCCUACCCGUGCCCGGACUGCGGAAAGGCCUUCGUGCGCUCCUCCGACCUGCGCAAACACCAGCGCAACAUGCACAGUAACAACAAGCCCUUCCCGUGCGCCCAGUGCAGCCUGACCUUCAACAAGCCUCUGUCGCUGCUGCGCCACCAGCGCACGCACCUGGGCGAGAAGCCCUUCCGCUGCCCCGCCUGCAACCGGGAGUUCGCGGUGGCCAGCCGGAUGAUGGAGCACCAGCGCGUGCACUCGGGCGAGCGGCCCUUCCCCUGCCCCACCUGCGGCAAGUGCUUCACCAAGUCCUCCAACCUGAUGGAGCACCAGACGCUGCACACCGGCCAGAGGCCCUUCAAGUGCGCCGACUGCGGCGUGGCCUUCGCGCAGCCCUCGCGCCUUGUGCGCCACCAGCGCAUCCACACCGGCGAGAGGCCCUUUCCCUGCGCACAGUGUGGCCAGGCCUUUGCCCGUGCCUCCACCCUGAAGCGGCACCAGCAGGUCCACUCUGGGGAGAAGGGCUACCUCUGCGCCCAGUGCGGCAGGGCCUUCCGCAUCGCCUCGGAGCUGGCCCAGCACAUUCGGGUGCACAAUGGGGAGAGGCCCUACCAGUGUGAGGACUGCGGCCAGGCCUUCACCCGGUCCAAUCACCUCCAGCGGCACCGAGCCAAACAUGGCGCCUGCAAGAAGGAGCCCAUCCCCAUCUCCUCUGACGAGUGA